AUGCUCUUCAACAGCUACAGCCAGACACCACAGUUUCUAGAAACUGAGUCUCUGCCGGAAGCGGUGAGGCGCUCCAUCCUGCCCUGCGUCUGGCCCAUGGCCCUCAGCAGCACCCAAACGUUGGAGGUGGAUGCUUGGUUUGACCAACGCCUCAAGAACUACUUGCCCUUCCUCACAAAGAGCCUGAUCAGUCCCAGUGUCAUAAACAGCACCUCCUGCCUGGCCUUCCAAAAACUUGUCUCAGUCCUUGGGGUAUACAACUACACUACUGCUGACUUUGUGAGGGGAGACGUGUACAACACCAUCAGGACUUACCUUUACGUCGGCUCAAGUCACAGCUGCUUUGGCAGGUAACUUUGGUCAGAACAUUGACUCCACAGUCAUUUCUGCCCUCGGCAGCCAAAGCACUGGCAUGUCGCUGAAUCAGAUCAGCUCAAUCAAACCCCAGGACUUAAUAAACUCCAUCGGCACUCUCUCCACUGUGACGGGCUGGAGCGAAGGCCAGGCCAUGACCAUCAUCCAGUCUCUGCUGUCUUCGGGCAUCAUACAGAUCAACAGCUCAUCAUCGCUGAUAAGUCUGGGCACUCUCAUCAUUGGUGUACCUUCCAGAGUGUUCUUGAGCAUCUCUGGUAAUCAGCUGAUAAGUGCCUCCCAAACUCCUUCACUGGUGGCAAACCUCCUUUCUGGUCCUCAGAUCAUCCAGCAGGUCUUUGUCAGUCAGAUCAUAUCAGUGAACCCCAGCAGCGUGCAAGUGAUCCAGAACGUUCCCAAUGACCUGGCCACUGAGAUCCCUCGAUCCCUGCUGGUGGGCUUCUCCAGUAGCAACGACGUUAUAACCAUACUCAACAGAAAGGAAUGGAAACCGCAGCAGGCUGAAUUGUUCUUUGAGUCGGUAGCUACAGAGAGCGCCUCUGCACAGCUGGGAGGUCCAAACAAUUUGUCAUCCUCUGUGCUUCAAGGGUUCACAUGCACUGGAGCGAGGAACAUUGGCAAUGAGCAAGUCAAGAACCUGAUCAAAGCCUGUCGGAGGUCAGGCAGCAGGAAGGUUAAACUAGUGGAGUCUCAGCUGACCUGCAUGUACACUUACAUUAAAGACGAUGCUGCCAACUUCAACCUCUACCCUCCAGAUGUGCUGCUGUAUUAUGAUUACUCACUGGUGCCGCAGGCCAGCUGCAGGGCCUAUUUCACAGAGUUGGGAAAUGCAGACUUCUCUGUCUUCUCUGCAGCGCUCAGCUACAAGCGCACUGCCCUGUUUGAAAACGCAAAGAGCUGCUUGGGCAUAACAAACACAAGCUUAACUAAAGAUGAAAUAUCAGUAUUGGGAAACAUGUGCUGCAUCCUGGAUGCGUCCUACAUCCUAAACUCAGAUUCAUCCAUCUUGGAAAAUCUCAAAAGCUGCCCCAGCCUCACUUCUGCUCAAGCAGCUGCUGUUCAGGCUCGAAUAACUAAUGGCAACACAAGAUAUGGAGCUCCUUCAGUGUGGACUGAGCAAACUCUGAAAGACCUCGGGAUGCUGCCGCUGUAUAUGUCUUCAACCUUCUAUGAUCACUUCAACACUAAAACAAAGAACAACUACUUGAGGUACUUCCUGGGUGUUCUCAAGGAAAACAACGUGGACAGUCAGAAGAUCGGGAAGCUGAAGAGCGCAAUAAAGAUGUCCCUUCCGGAUGAGUCAAAGCGAUCUCCAGUCAGUUCACCAGCUGCCUCAAUUCCACCAUUGUCAAAGACAACUUGGAUGCCCUCGUUAACCAGGUGCAGGAGCAGAACUACACAAAGAUUGUUCUCAGCAAGUUGCGAGAGGCUUACAAUGCCAGCGGCAUCAUCCCAGAAGAUCAGGUUCAGAUCUUAGGAGCAAUGUCCCGUAGUGCAACAAUGGAAGACAUCAACAUGUGGAGUAUUAUUCAGAUCGACACACUCGCUUCUUUGAUGGAUGCUUCAAACGGGCCUUGGGACCCGGUUCUGGCCAAAGCCAUCAUCUCCAAGUAUCUGAGUGUAAAGGGGAACAGUCUCGGCAGUGUGGAGCUCAACGUCUUUAGAGGACCAAACCUGUGCGCCCUGGAUGUUGUUGUUAUCAGGAACAUUUCGGUUGGAAGCAUCAAGAACGCCGAUGCUCUGGACAUAUCCAGCUGCACCACUGAGAAAAAGCAAGAACUGUUUUCCCUCGCAUAUGAAGCAUUUAUCCCAAUCACCCGCUCAAGCACUAUCUCCACUACCAGUUACCAGCUCAUACAAUCUUACCUACCGGGUGCAGAUUUUAGGUUUAUCCAAGACUUAGUGUCUGCCAAUAUCAGUAUGGACGUCCCGACCUUCACUGGGCUGCUUGAGAGUGUUAUACAGAACCUGACUGUUAGUGAUGUUAAAGGUCUUCUUGGCACCAACCUCCCACUUUUGAAGUCAUAUGAAAAUGUGACAGUGGUGCAAACCUGGAUCCGUUCACAGUUUCAGUCUGAACUUAAUGGCCUGGGAGUGGGGCUUACAGGAGGCAAGGUUAGCCCCACCACCACUACACCGGGUACAUCAUCAACAACAACAUCAGGGACAACUUCAACAACAACAUCAGGGACAACUUCAACAACAACAUCGGGGACAACUUCAACAACAAAAUCAACAACUGGAUCCAACAGCACCACGGGCAAUGCUCCUCCAGUCCGAGACGCUGGCUUCUCUUUCUUCGCUCUUCUUGUACUCCUCAUCACUUCUCAGUAUGUUGUAAUGUAAAGACAACUUUUCUCAUGGAAGAUUAUUGGAAUAUGAAUUAUAAAAUGGUAGAUAACUGGAUAAAGGCUUGAAAUAAUUUUUUUGUUUUAAUUUAUCAUUAAUAGAAGGAAAUAAUGUUAAACAGAAGGGCAUUUGCUUCGUUCCUUGUAACGCUCGCUAUGAACAAAAUAGUGCAGGUGCAAUAAGACAAAUUGUAAAUGAUGUAUUUUUGAUUACUAAAUCUUCCUGAAACCUUUUCAUGAACUAUUUCUAAGGUCAUAUUUUUGCUUUAUUUGUUUUCUAUUUUUUUUAUUGUUCCAUUUAAAUUAAGAUAUUUAAAAGGAUGAGGACUCAACAGAAAAAUGACAGGUUCGGGUGACGGGUAACAGUUUUCAUGAUAGCUCUUUCUUUAUUCAGUCUUACUAUGAAAAUGUAUUUGAGAGAUCAAUAAUAAACACAUUUUAAACAGCCUUAAAA